CUGAAGCGUGCGAUAGUUCAUGUCAAACUGCUAGGGUUUCAACAUGGCUAGCUCCUCAAAAGCACCAAAGAUUGUUAGGGGAAGCAAGUAUAGAGUUUACCUUGGAACUGGAGAGAAGGCAAAGGAGUGCUACGAGAACUUAAUACGUCUAAAAGAAGAGUUAAAGUUUUUAUACAACCAAGAUUUCUUCACUUGGGUUCAUGAAGUUUUGAGGGCACACCACAAUAAAGAUUCCAGAAACAGUAUUAUGUUACUAAACUCUUCAAAGAGAAUGGUGCAUACUCCAUGCAGUGAAGUUGUAGUACUAAAAAAGAAAAGACAAUCAUCAAGUAGCUCGUCUAAAGAUUCAUCGACUUCUUUUACUUCACCUCUCUCAUGCUUACUUUCACCAACAUAUGAUAGCAGCAGUAACACAAAGUCUUCAAUAACUGGUCCUAAUGAUACACCACGUGUUGUUAUUGUUAGCUCAAAAAAGGCUAAAACUGAAAUGGAGAUUGAAUGUACUAAAAAAGAUUCAAAUUUCCCAUCGAUGGAAAUAUUAAAGCCUUUAAACCAAUCAACACCACAUUUAGAACCAAAGCAUUCUAUCUGUUUUAAAAGAUCUGCAAAGCCAACUAAAAUAAAUUUUAAUGAUGACCAAGAUAUUGGAAAUGAUACAAGCCACGAUGAUGUUUCAGCCUUGGAUGUGACAUUGGAUGAUGUUGAAGAAUUAAUUGCCCAAGAAACAGAAGGGCAGGAAGACAUUGGAGAUGAUGAAAUUGAAUAUCCUGACUUGGCAUCAGAUCCAUAUAUUAGGUGUAAUUAUGGAAGUUUGGAUGACGAAUUUCAAAAAAUUGACGAUCCUAAAUGCAUUGCAUCAACCAGACAGUUAGAAUACUUGUUAGGGGAUACCUGUCAUGAAAAAGACUGUAAUGCACAAAUUGUUAACAUAGAGAGCUUUUAUAUAGGAUAUACUAUCAAGUUAACUUGGAAAUGUCUAAAAGGUCACAAAGACUUUUGGUAUUCAUCUCCCAUAUAUGGUUCAGGGUUCGUUAUUAAUUAUAUUGUCGAAAGUGCUUUAGUAUUGUCAGGUGGUCAAAUAAAUCAAUUUUCAAGAUUUUGCAAAUUUGUCCAACUUGGAAAACCUAAUAUUUCAACCUUUUAUAAAAAUCAAAAAUUAUAUGUAAGUCCAGCAGUGCAACAGACUUAUGAUGAUAUAGAACAUGACAUUAUUGAAAGCAUGUCCCAUCAAGACGAAGUUAUCAUUUGUGGUGACUGCCAGCUAGAUUCCCCUGGUUGGUCUGCUACCAAGGGUACCUAUACCUUCAUGGAUCAUCAAUCUAAAAAAUUAGUUAUGAUGCAAUUUGGUGACAAAAGAGAGGUCAAUCUUCAGUCCACGAAGUUAGAAGUACACUUAUUUAUGAAAGGUAUGAAAUACUUAAUCAGCAAAAAGGAUCUCAGAAUUGAUGAAAUAUGCACUGAUGCUCAUGCAACUAUAAAGUGCUUGAUGAAAAAAGAACCAAUAUUGAAAGCAACACAUCACAGUUUAGAUGUAUGGCAUAAGGCAGGAAAAAUAACAAAAAAAAUCUCUCAGGAGGUCUCCAAGAAAAAACAACUGCAGCCACUUAUUAAUCCUUGGUUGGCACCCAUAAGGAAUCACUUUUGGUAUUGUUGCUCACACUGUGAAGAGGAUGAAUUAAAAAUGCGAGUUCUUUGGAUGCGUUUACUUAAGCAUAUAACUGGUGACCAUUUACAAUGCGAACACGAACCUAUGGAAGAACCUACUGAAGGAAAAACUUGGUUAGAUCCAACAGGACCAUCUAUGGAAAUUAUUCGAAAGCAUGUCAUGAAAAGUUCUUGGCUAAAAAGCUUUACAUAUUACACCAAAAAUCGACACACAGGUCUUUUAGAGGCAUUUCAUAACUUAGUGUUAGCCUACUGUCCAAAGCGCAUUGGGUACAAAAAUGAUGCUUACAUCACCAGACAUCAAUUAGCAUAUUUGGACUUUAACGGUCAUUUAAAUCGAGGACAGCUUCAAAAAAAAGAUGGUUCACUUGUUUAUGUCCGCAGAUAUGGAAAGAGGACAAAGCAAUGGUUUUUAGUAGCAGUACCUAAACCAAAGGACUAUAUCUAUAUACGAAGACUCAUGGCAGAAAUACUAUGGAGACGUCAUGUUGACAGGGGAAAUGUUAAUCGCGUAGAGAUUGGACGAGAAUGUACUAAAGCAUUACGUCAAAAUAUUGCUGCAACAACUGCUCCUCCCAUGGAAUUAUUACUUGAAAAACAUCAAGCAAGAGAAGAAAUGAAACUCCAAUAACUCUUAUCUGUUGGUAUUAUACACAGAAAUGUGCUGGUACUUACUAUUUCGUUUUUAUUUUUACAUUUUGUUAUGUCACAAGCACAAAACUGAUCAUCACAAUUGCUGCCAUUAUUUCUGCAAGGACAUCGGAUACAACGACCUUUGCACUUACAGGAAAUAUUUUCCACUGCAUCCUAUAUAUAUAUAUAUUGAAAAUGUUACUACAUUAGUCUUAUAAUUUAAGUUUUUUAUUGCAAGCUAUAAUGUAUAUACUGACUUCUGGUUCUGUUGAUCCAUUACUAGUUGUAUCAUUGUAACUAUUCCCAUCUACUAAAUUUGAACUAACUACAGCAGCCUAAAAGCAAAGCCAUACCAUAAUCACAUUGAUAAUUUUUAUGCUAUAUAAUGUAAGUGCUUUGUAAUUUAGUCUUCAAGUGUAUACGUACUUUUACCAAAAUGGGUAGCAAGGUAAACAAUUAUUGUUUAAAAUUUUUCACCUGCUCUCUGAAGUUUUUGCAUUUACAUGGAUCACAUAGGCAAAAUCCAACUGUGCAUUUUACCCCAAUUUUACGACAGUCACACCUUUUUUGGCAGGAACCUUUGCAACUACAUUUUGUUUCAAUAACUGGGGCGCCACCAAUUAUGGCAUUGAUCUCACUUGACAAAUCUUGAUCAGCAUAGUCAGUUACGGAGUUGUUUGACGACUUUGGAUUUCUGUAACUAUAAAUUAUACAAUAAACUAUAAAUAAUCAUUUUUGUUUAGCUAAAUAUAAGCUGCCAAUAUGUUAACUACCUAGCUAUGUAACUAGUUUUAUGUAUGUCAUAGCUAACUAAAUUUAUUAUUGGUAUAUAUAUAUUUUUUAUAUUACAUUUGACUAGUGAUGUAUUGUAUUAAAAUUGGCUCUACCUACAUCUAGCUAGCUAUAAAUACUGUUUUAGCUAUAGCUACCUUCUUGUUGUUGUGGGCCUGGAUAACAUCCUUCUUGCAAACAAAUUACCAAUGGGUAUA